CUGUGUUCACUUCCGGGUCCGGCGCCGCUCCAGAUGCCCGAGGCAGAAGGAUGUUUGACCUCCGGAUAAGCGAGGCGACGCCGUGCAUUCAUUCCCGGCGGCAGCGGUGGCCACAGCGGCGGCUCGGGCGGCGACUCGGCGGCCAGAGGCGGCGGUAGGAGGCGCCGGCGGCCGCGUCCGAGCCGAGCUGCGUUCGCUCCCUCGCUCGCCGCUCCCCCCCCUGCCUCGCUCGCGCCCCCCUGCGCGGCGCGCUCUCCUCCUCCGGCCGCCGCGGGUGUGAUGAGCCGCCGCUGCGCGCGUCGCGCUGACUGACGGAGCUGGGGGCGCCGCCCGCCCCCGGACCGACCCCGCCGCUCGCGGCCGCGCCUCUGAGCUCUCUGUCAGUGUCAUCUCACAUCAUUGAAAAGAUAAUUCUGAAGACAUGUUUUGCUGAAAAAACAACUGAGAAAAAUUUUACGAAUGGGAUGAACACGCGCCAGUCAAAUUGACUACCUUCUGCAAUUUGAAUGUUAACAUUGCCCACUUGGUACAGUUACCUAGUGAUGUACCUGUUUUCACAGUACCCUAUUUCAGUGUGCUUGUCUUGAUUAAAGAAUUCAAAGUGGAGUACCGCAAACUUGAUAUGGAUAAUAAAAAGAAAGACAAAGACAAAUCAGAUGAUAGAAUGGCACGGCCUAGUGGUCGGUCAGGACACAGUACUCGUGGAACUGGGUCUUCAUCCUCUGGAGUUUUAAUGGUUGGACCUAACUUUAGAGUUGGAAAAAAAAUUGGAUGUGGCAAUUUUGGAGAAUUACGAUUAGGGAAAAAUUUAUAUACAAAUGAAUAUGUGGCAAUUAAACUGGAGCCCAUGAAAUCCAGAGCACCACAGCUGCAUUUGGAAUACAGAUUCUACAAGCAGUUAGGAUCUGGAGAUGGUAUACCUCAAGUUUACUAUUUUGGCCCUUGUGGUAAAUACAACGCUAUGGUGCUGGAACUGCUGGGACCUAGUUUGGAAGACUUGUUUGACUUAUGUGACAGAACAUUUUCCCUUAAAACAGUUCUCAUGAUAGCUAUCCAGUUGAUCUCCCGUAUGGAAUAUGUCCAUUCAAAGAACUUGAUAUACAGAGAUGUAAAACCUGAGAACUUUUUAAUAGGAAGACCAGGAAACAAAACCCAGCAAGUUAUUCAUAUUAUAGAUUUUGGUUUGGCAAAGGAAUAUAUUGAUCCAGAGACAAAGAAACACAUACCAUACAGAGAACACAAGAGCCUUACAGGAACAGCAAGAUACAUGAGCAUAAACACACAUUUAGGAAAAGAACAGAGUAGAAGAGAUGACCUAGAAGCUUUAGGUCAUAUGUUCAUGUAUUUUCUGAGAGGCAGUCUUCCUUGGCAAGGUUUAAAGGCCGAUACAUUAAAAGAGAGGUAUCAGAAAAUUGGAGAUACAAAACGAGCCACACCAAUAGAAGUGUUAUGUGAAAAUUUUCCAGAAGAAAUGGCAACAUACCUUCGUUAUGUAAGAAGGCUGGAUUUUUUUGAAAAACCAGACUAUGACUACCUAAGAAAGCUUUUUACUGAUUUGUUUGAUCGAAAAGGAUAUAUGUUUGAUUAUGAAUAUGACUGGAUUGGUAAACAGUUGCCUACUCCAGUGGGUGCAGUUCAGCAAGAUCCUGCUUUGUCAUCGAACAGAGAAGCACAUCAACACAGAGAUAAAAUGCAACAAUCCAAAAACCAGUCGGCAGACCACAGGGCAGCUUGGGACUCCCAGCAGGCAAAUCCCCACCAUUUGAGAGCUCACCUUGCAGCAGACAGACAUGGUGGCUCGGUACAGGUUGUAAGUUCUACAAAUGGAGAGUUAAACACAGAUGACCCUACUGCAGGACGUUCUAAUGCACCCAUCACAGCCCCUACUGAAGUAGAAGUGAUGGAUGAAACCAACUGCCAGAAAGUGUUGAACAUGUGGUGCUGCUGUUUUUUCAAACGAAGGAAAAGGAAAACCAUACAGCGCCACAAAUGACUCUGGAAGCGGACAGAUCACGUGGAGUUACUUAUGUGUCCAUCUGCUGUCUUGUGAUUAAAAUCAUCUCUGUAGUGACCACAAAGAUUUUCAAGGACUCACUAUUAGAAACAAACAUGUCAUACUUUCAUACUUCAUUUUGUGGUUGUCUUACAUUCAUAUUUUUUUUUUCUAAUUUACCUUUGAUGGAAGCUUUAAAAGUUUGACAAAACAUGAGUACUUUGCCCAUCAGUGAAUGGAAUGGACCAAUGAGGUGGUAUUGAUGAAUACGUUCUAUAGAACAUUUUUCAGAAGCUCUCCUCCUGUUGUAGAAAGCAGUACAGUAUCUCAAAUGCCAGCCAGUUAUAUGCCAAUUUGGUUUUUUAUAACUUCCGUAAGAGCAUACUCAAAUAGGAAUUUUCUCCCUGAUGGAUUACAAAAAAGAAUGCAGAAUUGCCCAGGUAUUUAAACGAAGUUAUAAGUUCAUUUUUUGUAUGACAUCAGCAUUGAUUUUAGUGUUAAUGAUGGUACUGCUAUUCACGAAUCAUAUUAACAUUCUCUCUGUGAAAUCAUGGUACAAUCGCUGCCCAGAGGUACUGAGGAAAAAGCGCUAUGGGUUUGGCAGAUGGUUGAUCGUGAUAAAACAAAUCACAAGUGGUGAGGAAAUAAGAGCUCCGCUUUUGUUACACCCCAUGUGAAGUAUAGUGUUGCCGCAGUGGCAAAAGUGUUUAUUUUUAAAAAUGCAAAAUAUUUGUAUAAUGUAACUUUAUGCUUCCAGAUAAUAAUGUAUGUUAGACAGCAAGAAAUGAAUACUUUGAGGAAUGAGAUAUGUUGGAAUUUUUCUUUUCUCUUUUUUAAAUACACUAAGGAGAGGACAUAAAUGUGAAUCUCAUUGCAAUGUGUAAGUUGAAGUCUUAGCAGAUCCCACUGAAACCUACCACAGAAUGAUUACAUUCUCCUGGAAGCAGAAGACUUUGGAUGUGCCAUGCAAUGAAGUCUGUUUAUUAUUUGCUCUUUGAUAAAAAAAAGAAAAAAAGGACCCCUUCCCUGCUCCCCAGCAAUAAAACCUGGGUUCACUAUUGCCCUCUGUGC